AUGAGCACGAGCACUACUCAGCAAAUGACGACUUUUAUCACCAAAUCUCUAAUUGUUACGUCGCAAAACAAAUUGCCCACUCGUACGUUGGCCACGCAAGAAGGACUCCCAGUAUGGGCCCGCCCUCUGGCGCGCGCUCCCGAUGGCAUGGGAGAGGAAAUGGGUAUCCAUGGUCCUGACCCAGAACUGGACCGCAUCGAAGAGUGUGGACCAUAUCUCCUGUGUAUCCAACCUCCCAGCCCACGCACCAAUAAGUUAUAUAUCAUUCGCCUUUACCACCAAGGUACAAGGGAGGUCGUCAUCAGUGUCGAUCCACCUGUGGCCGUGUACAACGCACUCUAUCCCGACUUCGCUUUUCAAAACUUCUUGGGGCUGUGCUGGUGGUCUAUCCUUGAGGAAGAUACUUUUUUUGUGAAGUAUAAGGGCCAGCUUGUUUGUCAGUGGGGUGGCGAGAGUGUAGUCCAACAGUUACCAUAUGAGCGUGGUCCCGGAGCCGGAGCGGCGUAG